ACCAAUUGUGUGAAAUGGCCACCUUUUUGCAGGAAAAGGAAAAUUUAGAGGUGUCUACAAUAAUAUCAGAAAUGCAAAAAUGCUCUCUUGAUUACCAAGCCAAAGCUGAAGAAAUUAUUCAUCUCUUAAAGUUUGCUAAUAUUAGUUUACAAGACCUUUCUCCAAAGACCCAGUUACAUAUACAUACUUUAGCAGAAACAGCUGUUGAUUUAAAUGUAUGUGACUCUAGCCCUGCAAGUAUUUCCUUAGGAAUAGUACCACUAUUACAAGAAGAUGCAAGAUUGAAAUAUGAAUUAUCAGAGUUGAAGCAGUCAUUGAGACACAGUAAUAUUGUUCUUGAAAAGUCUGCUGUUGAUAAAGAAUGUUUCUCAAAAAUUUCUAACGAGUUGUUAUCUGAAAUGAAAUUGCAGAAUCCAAGUACUGAAACAAAGUUUUUGGGAGAAAAGUCACAGCAAUACAAGAAAUUGGCAUCAAGUCUGCAGACUGAACUAGUUGCAAAUUCAUUUAAUAAAGAACACCAGCAUCUGGCAUUACAAAGAUACUAUGAGGAAAUUCAGAGUUUAGAAAGUCGUCUUCUUCCAUUAAAUAAACAGUUAAAAAAUUUUACAGACUUGCCACCAGAUUUAAGCUUAGCAAAACUAAAAAUUCACAAAGAGAAAUUGGUUUUGGAAGAAUUGGAAAAGGAGCUAUCGACAAAAAUUGAUCUAUUUAAAGCUGAAAAUUGUUAAUGUUAGUAUCACUGGACGAUAUAUCUACAGUUUGAAUAAUUAAUAAUGUAAUAAACAGUCUUUAUAUAUACAUGUAGUUGUAUAUUUUAUUAAUAUUGUGAUUAUUGUCACUAAGAGUAUAGUGUUUGAUUCAAGGCAGAUCUGAUGACA